CAACUGGUUGCAAUUCUUGUUUUUGCCAGCAUGUGGUGCUGCUUUACAGAGAGGUCAAAAGAUUUCAGGAAGUAGGAAAAAACCUCUUGUGUAUAUAUCGUGGAAAUCUGAGCAAAGCGGAAGAGAAGGACAUUUUUGUGUGCCGAGACCUGGUGAAAAGGAUGCCACCAAUCCGAGAAUCCAAGUAUUCGGUAAUGUCGAAGCUGAAUUAUCUUCUAUGAACAAAGUUAAGGAGAGGAUGUUAAUGUUACGUUUUUUUUUUGUCCUCUAGAAGUGCCACUGCCGUUUAAUGCACUCUUUGUAAUAGUUUAGCUUUGUAUGUGAAGCUACGUUGCUACAUGUGAGCCCGCCAUUUUCAACGAAGCUGAGGCUUUAUGUUGACAGAAUACGGGUCAUUUACGUUUGUUUCUUUGCAACCCAGAAAGAGAGAAAAGUGUUCUUUUUUCAUUAAAAAAAAAAACAAUAAAGGACCCAUUUUAUUUGAAGCUCCGUGUGCUGCAUUACUCCCGGCUUCAAAUAUUGGUACCAGGAGUGGGGUCUCGUUUUUUUUUUAAAUUAUUUCUCUCUGUUCGGGCACGAAUAUGGCGGUGCAGCGUUAGCUUUGUUAUACGGCAGUGGUGAAGAAGUGGCCUAAACCUGAGUGGACCUGGGUAUCGCAUCUGUGUGGCGGGAUCCGUUUCGAGAUAAGAGGAGGACGUUGCUGGACAGUCUGUGCUGGCGUGGUUGUGAGGGAUUUCAGCCGAGGUGACCAUCAGACCAGAACGCAUUCCAGGCGGGAGAGAGCAUCGCCCAGCAGCGGUCUAGGAGCAGCCCAGGAGCAUCCGGUGGACUCGGGACUUCGACCAACUUAUCCUUUGCUAUUUACACUUCUAUUGACUGUUCAGUAAACUGAAAAAAAAUAAAAUAAAAAAAAUCUGACCAUGUCUGAACAAGAUGAACACUUUGAGAUGGAUGAACAACAGUUAGUAGUGAAUAAUGAUGAGGAUAAUGAACAGGAUGGUGGACAGAACAAUGAACAAAAUGACACUGAACAAGCUGGAGUGUUACAACAAUUAAGUGAGUUAGCCAGAAGACAAGAAGAAGUCAUGACAGCCAUAUCGACGUAUACCUCCUAACCAAUACCAGGAAGUAAAAGAACAUAUCUCUAAACUUUUGAAAAAAGGAGUUAUACAGGAAAGUGAAAGCGCUUACGCCUCACCAGUUGUGGUAGUCCGCAAAGGUGACGGCAGUAUACGCUUAUGUGUAGACUAUCGAAAGCUAAAUCUAAAAACGAAGAUCAGCCUGCUGCUCAAAAAGUCCCAAGUCUUCCUGCGACCCGAUGAGAAGGGGCUCUGUGUGAGGGUCCAGUUUCCAACAAAACCCAAUCAGAACCAGGAGCAGAACCGGCCACCAGGUGCAGAGAUGGAAGGAUUGUCGGUCAGCUCUCAAUCAGCCAAUCAGAGCAUGGUGCAGGUGAACGUGGAGGUGGGGCUUCAGGAUGGGGGCGGGGCCAGCCAGUGGAGCACUUACUGUAAAGAGGACCUGAUGAGAGGAGGGGAGGAGCUGUCCUUUGAGGGGCUGCGGGCCGAAAGAUACAACCAGCAGAAAGACAAGGAGAGAGAAGAGAAGAUGAGAUACCUGAAGCAGCAGAAGGAGGAGCUGAGUCAGGAGCUGGAAGAGAAGAGCCUGCUGCUCAAAAAGUCCCAAGUCUUCCUGCGACCCGAUGAGAAGGGGCUCUGUGUGAGGGUCCAGUUUCCAACAAAACCCAAUCAGAACCAGGAGCAGAACCGGCCACCAGGUGCAGAGAUGGAAGGAUUGUCGGUCAGCUCUCAAUCAGCCAAUCAGAGCAUGGUGCAGGUGAACGUGGAGGUGGGGCUUCAGGAUGGGGGCGGGGCCAGCCAGUGGAGCACUUACUGUAAAGAGGACCUGAUGAGAGGAGGGGAGGAGCUGUCCUUUGAGGGGCUGCGGGCCGAAAGAUACAACCAGCAGAAAGACAAGGAGAGAGAAGAGAAGAUGAGAUACCUGAAGCAGCAGAAGGAGGAGCUGAGUCAGGAGCUGGAAGAGAAGAGCCUGCUGCUCAAAAAGUCCCAAGUCUUCCUGCGACCCGAUGAGAAGGGGCUCUGUGUGAGGGUCCAGUUUCCAACAAAACCCAAUCAGAACCAGGAGCAGAACCGGCCACCAGGUGCAGAGAUGGAAGGAUUGUCGGUCAGCUCUCAAUCAGCCAAUCAGAGCAUGGUGCAGGUGAACGUGGAGGUGGGGCUUCAGGAUGGGGGCGGGGCCAGCCAGUGGAGCACUUACUGUAAAGAGGACCUGAUGAGAGGAGGGGAGGAGCUGUCCUUUGAGGGGCUGCGGGCCGAAAGAUACAACCAGCAGAAAGACAAGGAGAGAGAAGAGAAGAUGAGAUACCUGAAGCAGCAGAAGGAGGAGCUGAGUCAGGAGCUGGAAGAGAAGAGCCUGCUGCUCAAAAAGUCCCAAGUCUUCCUGCGACCCGAUGAGAAGGGGCUCUGUGUGAGGGUCCAGUUUCCAACAAAACCCAAUCAGAACCAGGAGCAGAACCGGCCACCAGGUGCAGAGAUGGAAGGAUUGUCGGUCAGCUCUCAAUCAGCCAAUCAGAGCAUGGUGCAGGUGAACGUGGAGGUGGGGCUUCAGGAUGGGGGCGGGGCCAGCCAGUGGAGCACUUACUGUAAAGAGGACCUGAUGAGAGGAGGGGAGGAGCUGUCCUUUGAGGGGCUGCGGGCCGAAAGAUACAACCAGCAGAAAGACAAGGAGAGAGAAGAGAAGAUGAGAUACCUGAAGCAGCAGAAGGAGGAGCUGAGUCAGGAGCUGGAAGAGAAGAGCCUGCUGCUCAAAAAGUCCCAAGUCUUCCUGCGACCCGAUGAGAAGGGGCUCUGUGUGAGGGUCCAGUUUCCAACAAAACCCAAUCAGAACCAGGAGCAGAACCGGCCACCAGGUGCAGAGAUGGAAGGAUUGUCGGUCAGCUCUCAAUCAGCCAAUCAGAGCAUGGUGCAGGUGAACGUGGAGGUGGGGCUUCAGGAUGGGGGCGGGGCCAGCCAGUGGAGCACUUACUGUAAAGAGGACCUGAUGAGAGGAGGGGAGGAGCUGUCCUUUGAGGGGCUGCGGGCCGAAAGAUACAACCAGCAGAAAGACAAGGAGAGAGAAGAGAAGAUGAGAUACCUGAAGCAGCAGAAGGAGGAGCUGAGUCAGGAGCUGGAGAAGAUCAGCCUGCUGCUCAAAAAGUCCCAAGUCUUCCUGCGACCCGAUGAGAAGGGGCUCUGUGUGAGGGUCCAGUUUCCAACAAAACCCAAUCAGAACCAGGAGCAGAACCGGCCACCAGGUGCAGAGAUGGAAGGAUUGUCGGUCAGCUCUCAAUCAGCCAAUCAGAGCAUGGUGCAGGUGAACGUGGAGGUGGGGCUUCAGGAUGGGGGCGGGGCCAGCCAGUGGAGCACUUACUGUAAAGAGGACCUGAUGAGAGGAGGGGAGGAGCUGUCCUUUGAGGGGCUGCGGGCCGAAAGAUACAACCAGCAGAAAGACAAGGAGAGAGAAGAGAAGAUGAGAUACCUGAAGCAGCAGAAGGAGGAGCUGAGUCAGGAGCUGGAAGAGAAGGACAUUUUUGUGUGCCGAGACCUGGUGAAAAGGAUGCCACCAAUCCGAGAAUCCAAGUAUUCGCUCUUCGCUCUCCCCGGCGGUGACCCCGCUCGCUCCGAUGGAGUGCACUUCACAGGGUUGUCAUCGGAAAAGGUCAGAUUCCGAGAGGCGAACGGGGCGCGGGGACGAAGUGAGACGGGCGAUCUGGCCAUCCAUCUCGCCGUCUGGAUCAAGACACCGGGCUGA